CGUAAUGUGCGAAUUCAAAGCAACGCGACCUCUCGUACAAUCUCGUUCCUUAUAAUACAUUAUUAAUAAAAAUGUUUAAGCUGUGCAUACUGUGGCUCGCCUUAAUCGCUGGAUGUUUAACGUUUUCCGACUUCGAAGGAAAAGUCCAAGUUAUUUUAGAUGACGAAGGCAACGACUUCUAUUUAGUACCGGUAGAUUUAUUAUACCAUGUCAGGCAUAAACGCGCAACUAAUGUUUCUACUGGUGGAAACGCCAAUAGCAAUUGGAUCACCGUUUCCAAAGACAUUCAUGACACUCCAAAUCACAACGUGCAAGGAACUCUUCACAGUCAAGUGAAUGACAAAGGAAAAGGACUUACGUCCGGAACAAUUGAUUAUACCUAUAAACCAAGCGAUUCCAAAUUCAGUUUAACGAAGACGAACCAAGGAGUAUCUUUAGGAGGAAAUCACGAUAUAAUCAACAACGAUAAUUAUAAAUUGUCCGCUACAGCGUUUGCGAAUAAACCAAAUGGUGGUGAUUGGACCAGAGGCGCCGGAGUCGAAUUGAGUCAUAAACCUUCAGAUAGUUCCCUAUCGUUCAAUGCUCAAAGAUCGCCCGGAGCAAAAACUACAUUCGAAUCAACAGGAACUUACAAUGUCUUCAGGUCCGCUGAUGGGCGUGGAACUGUUGGUCUUUAUGGCAACUAUGGUGGCGGCGGCGGAGGCGCAAGAAGCUGCGGUGGUGGACUGAAAGCUUCCUACAGAUUUUAAUAAAAUAAUUCUUGUUCAAUUUAUGUGCUGUGAUUAUAUUAACAAAUGAAUCAAAUAUUAAAUAAUAUUAUUUACCAA